UCUCUGAAGAGAAGUUUGUAGAAGUUUCUGGAAAUAUAUCGAGUCUGUCGGGAUCGGAUAGUGAUGAUGCCGAAAAGUCCGACGGCGAUACCAGCAGCAGCGAUGUCUACAGCAGUCCUCAACGGAGGAGACUCUCUGUUCUCCCUCAUUGUAUCAAUUCUCCCAUGCGACGUGAGAGGUCGGCGAGUGUAACUUCGACUGAUACGGAAACAGACGAUUCCGAACGUCCGGACAAGAAUAGUGUCACGCAGUCUCGAUUACAACCGAAACUGUAUUUUAGAAACCAGUUUCACAAAAUUAUUGCUUUGUAUAGAUGCGUAGUACAUGGGAAACAGGUAAUAAUGAAUGUUCCAAAAAAUCAACGGGAUUUGUUAAACAUGGUAACGGCUAUCCCCAAUCAAAUGUAUUGGGCCAUUAUUUUGAUCGGAGGGGGCCAUUUUGCUGCUGCCGUAUACAAUCAAUCCGAAAUAAUACUGCACAAAACUUUUCAUCGCUACACGGUGAGAGCAAAACAGGGAAGUGCCCAGAGCUCUAGGGACGGAAAGCACGGAGGCAGUCAGCCGAAGUCAGCGGGCGCAUCUCUUCGCAGACAUAAUGAGGCAUCUUUAGUGAAAGAAAUUCAGGAUUUGUUGCAAAGUUGGAACACUGAUUUACAGAAGUGCAGUUGCAUAUUCUAUCGCGCCCCUAGUUUCAACAGGGUCACUCUCUUUAGAGGAAAGAAUCCGCCUUUUAAGAAAGAUGACUGCCGUUUAAGAAACAUCCCAUUUCCGACCAGAAGGGCCACUUUUAAGGAAGUGCAGAGAGUUUACAGAUUGUUAUCGACGCUUGAAUGCUUUGGAGAUGUUUCAGAAGAGGAUAAACAAAUUCCAAAAUCACCCAAAGUGUAUUUAGGCUCAAAGAAAGUUAAAAAGAAAUCUUCAGACUUGUCUCUGAAUUGUGGAAAUCUGGAUAAAAUUCAGGACUCCGAAAACUCGAAGAGUGGAAAACAGAGAUUCAGGAAACCUGCAACAAAUAAAAAAGAAGGUUAUAAAUAUAAAACAGAAGGGAUUGUUCUUGCAGAAGAAAAGUCAGAAUUAAGUGAUAGCAAACUGUCAGAUUUGGAUAACAGCAUGGAAUUUCAGUUGGUAGAAGAAAUGAUUACAACGUCAGAUCUAAAAGAAAUGACGGUACCAAAGCGAAGAAAGCAUAAAUCUAGGAAGAAUUCUCUUACGAAACGACAACAAGAUCCGGCUAUGGAUGUUUUAAGUGAAGAAAACUAUCUCAUGAAGAGUGCACUGUACACUGCUUGUCAGACAGGCGAUGUACAAGAACUAGAAAAACUGUUAAAUAUUUUGAAAAGUAGAAUGUUACCAGUGGAUACAAAGAAGGAAGAUCUUAAUGAUAAGUGUAAUUCUAGUCAAAACAGUAUUACUUUAAGGAAUUGUGACAAAGUUCAGACCGAAGAACCCAGAAUGCAUGACAAUAGUACUUCAGAUAUUGAAAUUGAAUACAAUUCAAAUGAAAGUUUGAAGCAGGAUGAGACAAAAGUUUAUUUUUCUGUUAAUGAUGAUAAAGAAAUGAAACUGGAUUUCUCACCAGUUCAAGAUGGCAAUCCAAAGCCAAAUAGAAUUUUAAAUAUGGAUUUAUCUAGUUCAAAACCUAGUAAAAGGCGUAACAAGAGUGGAACGGGAGGCGAAUUUAAUUCUCCGUUGUUAACUGUCGACGUGCUGAACGAAGUGAUAAGUGACGGAGGUGCUACGCUUCUUCACGUUGCCACAAAAGAGGGACAUCAAGGAGUAGUCAAGAUGUUAAUGGAGUGUGGAGCCAAUCCUACAUUGAGGGAUAAACGAGGAUUAACGCCUUACAUGGCAUCUAAUGAUCGUGAAAUGAGGAAUGUGUACCGUCGUUUCAUGGCCGAAAAUCCCAACAGAUUUGACUACAAGAGUGCAGAGAUUCCAAGUCCUUUAUCGGAAGAAAUGAUGGCGGAACGCCUGGAGAAGAAGAAGGAAAAGCAAAAAUUAAAAAAAGAGCGGCUGAAGGAAAAGAAGGCAGUUGAAAUGCAAAAGAAGUUAGAAGAGGAAGAGAAGAAAAGAUAUCUUUCACUCAGUGACAGAGAAAAGAGAGCUCUGGCCGCCGAGAGACGCUACCUCGGUCAUCUUUCGCAGACGGGUCAACCCACGGUCGUUCUAAGUCGCUGUUUCCAGUGCGGAGUAGACAUCACGGGCAAGACUCCCUUCGAAUAUAACGACAGCAGAUUCUGCAGCACGGAGUGCGUAAAGAGCCACCGAAAGUGCGGAAAAUCCUGAUACCCGUCCUUCCUAAUCACUCGCAGCUUUUAAUCAAAAACCUCAUCGGAAUCACUGAUUUUAUUUUGUUACGAAAUCAUUUGUUAUAUACACUUAUAUACAUUUUAAAGCUUUUAAUAUAUUUUAUUUGUUUUAAGUCAAUGGGAAAAAAAAUUAAAUUUAUUUUUAAUAUU